AUGGCCGCGACACAAACAGUACAAGUUCCACACUUGGAAGCCCAGGUUGGGUAUGCUAUAUCGAAUAACAAGCUGGAUCCUUCAAAGCCGACAUGGGUACUCAUAAACUCUAUGUGCACUACGGUUGAGUUCUAUCGCGCCCAGCUAGAUAAUAAGGCGUUGACAGCCGCUGUGAACUUCGUGGCCAUCGAGCCGCUCGGCCACGGCGCCACAACUUGCACUGCAGAGCACUUCACCUACUGGGAUACUGCACUCAUUGCAUUGCAAGCCCUUGAGGCUUUGGGUGUAAAAAAGGCCUACGCGUUGGGAACCAGCCAGGGAGGUUGGAUUAUCAUAAGAAUGGCACUACUGGCGCCGGAGAAGAUUCUGGGCCUCAUUCCUCUUGGCACGUCGAUGGAUGCUGAAACUAGCGAAUCCCGCGAAAAGGGUUGCUGGGAUCCAGUCCCAUUUCUACAGCCGUUCCUCGAGAAAUGGGGUACCCCUGCCCCAAACUUCGUCGUCGGUGACGACUGGAUCCAAGCUGUAAUUGGGUUAGGUUUCGGAUCUGCGGGAACCCCUCAAGCCCUCGAGUUCUGGACUGAAAUCCUCCGUAGCGUCUACUCAGGGGAUGAGGGACGCCAAAAGCUCCGGAUGGCUGCCAUCUGCUUGGCAGACAGAGACGGGCUGCAACUCAGAAUAGGAGAUAUUAAAUGUCCCGUUCACUGGCUACACGGAUCGACCGACGCUAUCUACACUAAUGUAGUUGCUCAGGAGCAUUUCCAGCGAUUCACGGGCUCAAGCGACGUUCAGUUUAACGUCCUCGAGGGUGGCGCUCACUUCCUGGUUGCGACGCAUCCUAAGGAGGUUGAGGACGCAAUUUUAGCUAUGACGGCGAAGGCCUAG